AUGACGUCGUCGACGUCGUCGAGAGAAUUUUGGCUCACGAUUCCGCGCGCGAGACGAGCGCCGGACCCGACGAAACCGAACCGGGAGUGCGUCUACUACGCCGUCGCGUGCGUCGUUCAAGGCGCGCGCGACGGCGCCGACGCGCCGACGAACGCGAACGCGAACGCUAUGGUCACCGCCGAGCGCACGACGCGACGACGGUAUCGAGAGUUCAUCGCGUUGAAGGAAGAUCUGGAUGCGGAGUGCGGACGCGGGUGCGCGCCCGAGGCGCCGCCGCGGAAAAGGUUUGGACGCGUGAACGCGGACGAACAGAGAGUGGAGGAGCGUAGACGGGCGUUGGAAAGUUGGUUGUGGAGCGUUUUGGCGAACGAGCAGUGCGCUCGGAGCGAAGCUUUGCGUCGGUUCGCGCGGGUGGGGGCGGCGGAGCGGGCGUUAAGGCGAGCGCUGGCGGGCGACGAUGGAGACGGGGUGAGCGUUGACGUAGACGGUUUGGCGACCCCGACGCGGACGCGUGAGAGUCCGAGUGUCAACGGUGUUGGGGAGCAGUGGACGCCAGAGGUUGAGAUGCCAACGCCGGAGAGUGCGACGCCGAGUCCUCUUAAGGCACGCGCGACGGAAAUCGAAGGGAACGACGCACGGAUCGAUCAGGUCGCGAUAAAAUCUACCACGGAGAUAGUCCACGAGCUCGAAAAGGCACGUGAGGAGGUCCAGGCGCUCAGUGAAGAGCUCGCGACGACGAAAGAGUGUUUAAAAGACGCUCGCGCAGCGGCGACGGCAGCGCAGGACAAGUUGAACGAGGUCGAGGCGACUUCGCUCAAAGGACGAAAGGUGUUAAGUAAAGAGAUUCGUUCGCUCCGUCGGCAGCUCGAAGAGGCGAGCUUAGAUAAGAAUGAGCAGACGAAUAUCAUAUCGGCCGAAGAACGCGCGGCCUCGCUACGUGAAGUCAUGCGAGAGGUGAGCGCGCUGCGCGCUCGAGUGCAGGAGUGCACGUACGAGAAAUUACUCUCUGUGGAGACGAACGGUCCGCAUGGGCACUCUGGAGGUGAUCCGAACGAACUCUUAGCCGUGAGCGACAAUCGAUUGGCCGUCCUUCUGGCGGAGACGCAGAUAAUGAUCCCAGGCGGCGAGGACUCCCAGCACGCGUCACAGACAGAUUCUCCGGAGAGCGCUGAGAUGGAGGAAGUGCUCAUCAACACCGAAGGUGAGGUGAGGCAAACAUUCGCCGAUUUACUUUCGGAUCUCAUCAACGCUCGGAAGAGCAUCAAUUCAUUGCUUCGAAAGGUGGCGAGAAAGAGCGACACCGUGUCUUUGUCGACAGACUCUCGAGCCAUCGCGGCCAACAUCAGCUCGCGCGUUGGUAAUUUGGUUGGCGCGUUAGGGAGAUGA